ACGUUACACGUUCUCGUUCCCUCGAGCUCCAUACAUCCGUCGCUUGAUUGGACGAAGAAGAAGAAGAACUGCUGCCCUUUGUGACACUUUCAGACGCUCUCAGACACAGAUUGGGUGAGACGCCUGCGCAACAGGAGAUGUACUGGUACCACACGCGGCAGUUAACGGAGCUCUUGAAGCCGCUAGUUUGCUAUGGCUUGCCCUUGGCCGCCGUACUCAUUGCACGAACCAUCACAAGGGAGGCAGAUCACCUUUACUGUGUCCUUCUUGUGGUGACCAUGUGGAUCGUUGAGACCGUGCCAGCUGCCAUGGCGGCCACUCUGCCCCUGGUGCUUCAGCCCGCGCUCGGCAUAACCGACACCGACGCUGUAGCCGCCGUCUUUCUCAGUCCUCGUUUCCUCUGGCUGAUGAGCCUGGUGCUUCUCAACGAAGUCGCUACAACCACUGACCUGGCCAAGAAGGCCGCAGGGCGAAUCAUCGAGCUGUUUGGCUACAGCAUUCGUUCUAUAGUGGCCAUCAUUUCGUUCGUAGUUUUCGAGGUGACGCUGUUCUUCGAUGGUGCCCUCUCCAUGCUUGUCGUCUGCUACUUAGUGGAUGCCGUUGUGAAGCGGCUUCAGAUGUUCCGCGGUUCGGACGGCAAGCAGACACCGGCAUACGCGUCGUGCAUCGUGGAGAAACAUGGCGGUCGGGUGCACGUUCCUCGUAUCCCACUUGCGUCCACCUACCAACCCACGAGCGAGGACUUGGCCAACAUUAUCCUCUGUCAGUACUGGUCUGCGGUGCCAUCGUCGACAACCACGCGAGAGUCGCCCGUAGAAGCUGCGUGCACCGAUCUAUACCCAGUGUCCACCAUGUCGAAGCCCAGCAGCGGCAGCGAGCCGUGGGUAGAGGCAGCGGAAGCCGCAAUGGCCAUCGACUCGGAAGCGCAAUUCCACGACCACGACCACGUGGCGGGCCUCAAGAGUGAUGACAACAGCACGGGAUUCACCACACGCCAGCCAUUUUCCAGUCUUGGCAUAGCGUCCUCUCAGCGGCGCGUGUCAUUCAUCAUGCCCGCACCUUUGGCACCGCCUUAUACUCCUGGCGCAAUCGCCCGGUGUGCUCGGAAUGACCCCGACCUUCCAGUUUCCAGCCCCGAUUUCACUGAGUGGGGACGCAGCUCGCAUUCUGUGGGCGAAGAGCUCCUGUCCUCGAUACAUGGGAAGUUUUCCCAGAUGAAGGUGGGCUUGAUCAUUAGCGUCGCAUACGCCUCAGUCUUUGGCGCUAUUGGCGCUCCAUACGGUACAUCAGUGAACCUAGUCAUGGCACAAUAUUUUGCGGAACACUUGCACCAGAACGUGACAACGGCCAAAUGGGUUGCCGUCUGCCUUCCAGUAUCUGCCAUGGCUGUGAUCUCAUCCACUUGCCUGGUGUCGAGAUAUUUCAUCGAGGACUGGAGCUUAGACGAAUUUGGCAUGGAUUUCCCGACAUUCCUCGAGAAUGUUGUCGAGAUCAAGCUGAAGAACAGUAAAGUUGUGGAACUGUUCAGCCUCCUCCUGCUCGCGGUGACGAUCCUUCUUUUAGGCGUCGUCAUCAACUCAGUAGCUGAAGCAAUUAACUUCGAGUGUUCCCUGCCGAAUCAACUGGCAGUAGCCAUGGCAAUGGUCAUCGCUUUAUUUGUCAUCCAUCGCUCGCACGAGAAGCUGGGCCUUCGUCCGGUACUCACUUUAGAAAUCCUUAUCGCGAAGAUCCCUUGGGAGUUACUCUUCGUUCUCGGAGGGCAAGAUUGUCUCGCCGAGGCAGUACUCGCAUCAGGUGCUCUGAACAUGGCCCAUGCAUCCUUGAAGCAAUUGUCUCACUGGAAGCCAUUCGUUGUCCAGAUGGUCCUAACCACAUCUACCGCCUUACUCUCUGAAGUAGUCGCUACUGGAGAGGCGCACCAAGCCCUUCUUGUGGUCGCCACGGAAUUGGCUGUUGAGAUGAAGGUUGAUCCCCUGUACUACGCCUUCCCUGUCACAAUCGCAAUAUCAACGGCGAGCAUCCUACCUGGAUCAGCGGUCUCCAUUGCUCUGCUCAUGCAUAUGACACGAUAUAGCACCGCUAAGCUGUUGUUUCUGGGAACGACAGCAAAGGUCGUCACCGUGGUCUGCACUCUGGUGUCCAUGAACACCGUAGCCGUCUUGGUGUACGACUUCUCCCCAAAGUCUGGACACAUAGGGAAAGAUGGGCCUCCGACAAGUACGACCGUGCAUCUGUAGCUGUAUGCUGAAUAUGAUGUGAAUAUUUUAACACCGGAACAGAUGCCCUUAUGUUCUCAUGCACGAAAAUAGUGCCCCCUGUCGAUGUUUGAGGUGAAAAAAAAGACACCACUGCACUGCUAUGCACUGCACUGUAGCAUAGUGCGUCGUAUAUAUUUCAAAGUGUAAUAAAAUAUUUACAAUAUAAUGUC